AUGCGCGUUAAUGUUUCUGUGGCUGUGCUGUUCAUCUGUGGAGUGUCAGCACUCAAUACCACAGAUGAGAAGACGACGUGCCCGCUUGGAUAUUUCCCCUGUGGCAACUUGACCGUUUGCCUCCCGCAGCUCCUGCACUGUAACGGCAUCGAUGACUGCGGGAAUCAAGCAGACGAGGAAAACUGUGGAGAUAAUAAUGGAUGGCCUCAUUUAUUUGACAAAUAUUUUGGGAUGCCGAGUUAUAACAUCCGGACCAAGUCAAACGUCUGCUUGCUGGGUGUCGUUCCUGAGCUCUGCCAGUGCCGAGACCUGGAGCUGGACUGCGAUGACGCUCAGCUUGGAGUGAUCCCUGUAGUGGCGAUAAAUGUCACCAUGAUGUCUCUACAAAGAAACCAACUUCAGCGACUAAAACCAAAAGUCUUCUUUAUCUACCAAAGUCUACAGAAACUAUAUCUACAGCACAACAAAAUUCAAGACGUGAGCCCCGAUGCGUUCAGGGGCCUUUAUAACCUCACAAGACUAUAUCUGAGCCACAACGAGAUAACGGUCCUGAUGCCAGGAGUGUUCGAGGACCUGCACAAGCUGGAGUGGCUGAUUCUAGAAAACAACAACAUCCAUCAGAUUUCAGCCAAGACGUUUUCAGGACUGAACUCCCUGGUUUUACUGGUUCUGCUGAACAACUCUUUGACAAAGUUGGAGGACGUCUGUCAGGAAAUGCCCAGACUGAACUGGCUAGACUUGGAGGGAAAUCUCAUUGAAGUGAUUGGAAAUGCCUCUUUCCGCUCAUGCAGCAUGUUGACAGUUCUGGUUUUACAGCGAAACAGGAUCAGCUACAUACACGAGCGUGCUUUCUCUGUCCUGAAAAAACUUGGAGAACUGGAUCUCUCCAACAACAAACUGGUGGCGAUUCCUCCCAAUUUAUUUGUCUUACUGGAGGACUUGCUUCAACUAAACAUAUCGUAUAAUCCCAUCCUGGAGCUUCAGGACGACCACUUUGAUAAGUUACAUAAACUAAAGUCACUGAGCAUAGAGGGGAUAGAAAUUGGAAAUAUUCACCGGAGGAUGUUUGAGCCUCUUAAAUACUUGACUCACAUUACAUUCCAAAAUGUAGAAACUAACGUAAAACUCUCUGCAGGUCUCAACUUGGUGGCCUUCCUGAUCAUAGUCUUCUCCUAUGCAAGCAUGUUUUACAACAUCCAGAGAACGGGCACCCAGACCACCAAGUACAGCAACCACAUCAAAAAAGAGGUGACCAUCGCCAAACGCUUCUUCUCCAUAGUCAUCACUGACUCCCUCUGCUGGAUCCCCAUCUUCAUCCUCAAGAUCCUGUCGCUGCUGCAGGUGGAGAUUCCUGGGACCAUCAGUUCCUGGGUGGUCGUUUUCAUCCUCCCCAUCAACAGCGCUCUGAACCCCAUCCUGUACACGCUAACCACGCGGCCUUUCAAAGAAACCAUUCUGCAGGUGUGGGCUAACUACAGACAGAAAAAGCCUCUGCUCAGCAGCCACCCGCCUCAUCAUCCGUCGCUCACGUGGCAGGAAAUGUGGCCCCUGCAGGAAAACAGCCACGGUGUUGCCGCGGGGGGGCAUCUAUUGGACACGACAGACACAGCGGCCAAGCUCACUCCCGUGGAGAAUCCAGACGAUGGACACAGUGACGAUACAGUGUGCACGAAGCAAAGGCAGCACGCUGUGCUGUCAGUGUGCUCACAGAAUAAAGUGACGCCCCACACGCUCACGCACAUCCACACAUUCACACAAACUAACGACCUCCUCUAA